CUUCUUACUCGAGGGAUCUUAACUUCACUAUCUCCCAUACCUUGUCUUCGUGUCUUUGUGUAUGGUUGCUGCGACCUUCGGUGUAAACACUCGUAGAAUUGCGGUCCGGUGUACCGUCACUUACUGCGUUGUCCAAGGUGUGGGAAUUGAUGCUUGACUCUGUGUAUUUGAUGUUCUGUUUUCUUCGCACCGUCCCAAUUGCGGUAAUGUCCCUUUAUCGCUCUGCGCCUGAAACGCCGGUCCCAGUUGAACGAACUUGUGAUUUGCCAAACAGUGUUGUUCAGAUGCCUAAGGUGCUCUGUAAGUGUCGGAACGUGUGAUGGAGUGGCCGUGAUAGUCUUUCCUGGUUGUUGAGUCGUUCCAUUUAAUGGACAUGUAUUAGCCGAAAUAGAUGACUGCACUCAGUUGCAUCCCGAAGUUAAAAGCCGUGGAUCGAUUAGGAAACCGGCUUACCGCUUCGAAGCUUUUGCGUUUCCUAAUUUCACUCACAACGAUUUCACGGGAAUGCUAAGAGUUUCACCUCUUGAGCAAAUCUACCUUCAUGGUUCAGAUUGUUGCGAGAUUACGGUUCAGUGAUAAACUCUAAAGUUGCCCGACAAACCUGUCAACAAGAUUGGAGGUGCUGCUGUUGCUUCAACUGGUUUCUUUUCCCGGUAUGUGGGAAUUCCGCCCGUUCGUUGUCAAGGGCGCAGAGGAUAGUAGCACAUACCACUACUGAGGUACUUAGAUUAUUGUGAGCUUCAUUCACCAGGUAAAAUUGGGUUUCACGCCGUUGGGUUAUCUAAAUAGAGGAUUCAGCCAUGGCUGCGGAGGUUGUCUGGAGAGAAGAUGGAAACAUAAGAAGCAGAUUUUUUCGGGGGAAUGAACAUGGGCCAACUAAAAAAUGCAUUUUCAAUCAGCUGCCGGAGUCAGUUAUUGAAUUGAUAUUCGAUCGGCUAGGGUCCAAAGGUGACCGCAGAGCAAUCUCUCAGGUGUGCAAGCAGUGGCAUAGGGUGGACGGUCUGACGAGGAAGAACAUUUACAUUUUCAACUGUUACUCCAUUGCACCCUCCAACCUUUCGAAACGGUUUCCAAACUUGGAAAAGAUUAAAAUAAAGGGUAAACCACGAGCUUACGAAUUUGGUCUACUGGUCGAGAGUUGGGGCGCUCAUGCAGGUCCGUGGAUUGAAGAGAUUGCGAGCGUAUACCCUAAUCUAGAGGGGCUUGCUUUGCGUCGCAUGGACAUCACCGACAAGGAUUUGAUGCUUCUGGCCUCCCGAUGCCCCAAUUUGCGGAAGUUGAAGCUGCACAAGUGCUCGGGGUUCAGUACUAGGGGGCUUGAGUUCAUCACACGGUCCUGCAGAACUUUGCGGGUACUGGAUAUAGACGAAAGUCACGAUAUGGAAGACACUGGUGGGCCUUGGCUGCAGUUGCUGGAAAAGGGUGACGGCAAAUUAGAAAGCUUGAACAUAGCGUCUGCAGGGUUGGAGGAGGAGAGCAUAAAGGAGGUGCUGCUGAAGCUCGCACCGUCCCUUAAGUGCAUCUCCUCCCUCAGGGUCAGCGAUAUGGAGCUGGGCAGCUUUUUUAAGAUCCUGGAUAACAGCGAGGUGCCGGUGGUAGAGCUAGGUCUUGGCUGCUACAGUUUAAGCCAGGAGGAUCCAAAGGAAUUGGUACCCUCGUUCUCGUCGCGGUUAUCAAAGCUCAAAAUUCUUGAUCUCAAGUUUACCACUUUGAAUGCUGAAAUUCAGAUCGAACUCUUGAGGCAUUGCUGUAGUGUCGAAGAGCUUGAGCUGCGAAGUGUUGUAGGGGACUGGGGAAUGCAGGUGAUUAGCGAGAAUUGCAAGCAACUGAAGAAAAUUCGAGUCGAUCAAGACACUUCACCGUACAUGACAAACCAUGUGACACAAAAGGGAAUGAUUAGCAUCUGCGAAGGGUGUCGAGAGCUCGACUUCCUUGUCAUGUAUCUUACGGACGUCAACAACGCAGCACUUGCUGCUGUCGGUCAAUACCUGCCGAAACUCAGCGACUUCCGCAUUGUGUUGCUUGAGGAUCAGGAUGACGUUGAGGACUUGCCACUCGAUGACGGCAUCCGCUUGCUCCUUCAAGGCUGCCCAAUGCUGAGUCGGUUCUCGGUGUACUUACGGCCAGGCGGCCUGUCGAACAAAGGGUUGGGAUACAUCGGAGAAUUUGGCUCGAAGCUCAAGUGGGUUCUCUUGGGCUCUUCAGGUGAAUCUGACGAAGGGUUCCGCCUCAUGGCUGAAGGUUGUCGGCAGCUGGAAAGGUUGGAACUUCGUAAUUGUCCCUUUAGCGACAAGCAGCUUGCAAUCUCAAUCUUAAACAACUUGCCACAUUUGAAAUACCUAUGGGUUCAAGGCUUUGGAGCUACGUCGGGUCUUGGUGUAGCUCUUGUGACCCAGAUGCCCGGUUUUGUCGUUGAGGUAAUGGCCACAGACCAGCAGAUCUUAGGGUAUUACACAGUAACGCACCCUCGCACGGAUAGUCCCGACUCUGUGUGUGUGAUUAACUAUGAUCCUCUUCUGGACAACAGUGCUGAAGUGUGUGAAGAAGGAUCCCAGGGAGACGCUUGCAGUUAUUACGCAGAGAGAUUAUAUUCCGAGCAUAUAUAUAGCUAUCUACGAGUUGACGAGGAGGCACCUUACCCUGGAGUUAACAAGAACAGCCAUCUCCCCAAAAUUGAUGAAAACACAUUGUACAGUGGAGUUGUAGGCCUUGAGAUGUACCUUGCAGGUGAUGACAACAGCGCCUCAUCUGAAUUUUGUGAAGACAGCGCUUGUAUAUGUUAGCCCAGGACAGUCACGAGCUAUGGAGAUUUUCAUGAAGCUGCCAGAGAAGUGUGUAAAUGGGAGAGUGCAAAUACGACGCUGCUGCGAGGGAGAUUUCAUCACACUAAAAAUUUAGGGUUUAGGGUUAGACUCCAGGCAUGUAAAGAAUUACCAUUUGUAAACAGUUUGGACAUAUCAAUUUGUUUGACUAGACGAAGAGGGAACAAGGUACUUGGUGCUUUGCAAUCCUCAUGACCAUCUUGUGUCAGAAGAGGUGACCAAGGCAGCCUAGGUGAUGGUCUUUUAGCCAAAAAUUUAAUUUUAAUUUUUGUAUGUUUUUAACUCGCUUCUACACUCUGCUGGGUGUAGUUCAUUCAUCCUGCCUCUUGUCCACACAGGCAUCAAAUCAGUCCGAUGCUACUUGUAGAUGUAAAUGUGUGGAUGAGGCAACAAAAAUUCUAACAUCCAAUUAAAAGUAA